GGACAUCCACGAUUGGAAUGAUCCUGAAUUCCUCGCAUGCAACAUCUGGGGCGAUCCUCAUGUAACGGCAAGUUGGAGAAAUCCUGCCGUUUACGAUUUCCAAGGUCUCGGAGCCUAUCGAUACGCCUCCUCGACAGAGUGCGGGGGAGACUUCGAGCUGCAAGCGUUUCACUGCGACUACGGGGGCCAUGGCAACGCAGUCCCCAUAGCUAUUGCUGUCAAGAUGAACGAGGGCUCUGUCAUGUAUGUGACUGGACCGGCGAUCAUGAACACUGACACGACACCUUUAUCUCAGGAUCCAGCAGGUGCGGUCAUGGAGGACCCCGAUCGAGGAGUCAACAUCGUCAGCGACGACAAGUGCAUCCGCCUCAAUGUCAACACCAAGUCUUUGACACAGGACACGAAGAUGGUCAACAACGUGAAGCUCAGAGUCAUCGCAGAAGCGGCCAAUAAGACCGGGCUCUGCGGGGCAGAGAGUCUUGCCGGUGAGUUUGUUCCAUCCGACAGCCCUGCAUUCUUGUUCGACUUGAUGAACAUGCACAAGGGCCUCUGCGACUACUGCGUCCAGAACGGCGGCCGGAUACCGCCGGGAUGUCCGAUCUCUACGGGAAUGGCGACGAUGUCUCCGGAAUGCGAGUUUAUGCAGCCGUUGCCAAAAGAGGAGCUCAACAUGCAGGACUGCGCUUUUUCGACUCCCCUUUUUGAUGAGGCUAGGCAGGGCGGAAAGAAUUGUCUCGCGUAUGUGGAGAUGAGCGAGACGUCCUGCAGUGACUACUGCGGUGCAAGGCAAGCCACCUGUGUUGCCACCGUGCCGGGCACCAAAUACGGAAACUGCGACUACGAUCACGUGAUGGCAACGCUUGAAGACAUACCGGACGGCGUCUUCUGCAAUAGCACGGAUUUGAAGGACGUAAUCUGUGUCUGCGAGAAGCCGACGAAUCCAGCUCCAG